UUUCUUCUCAGAGUGGACGACGUGUGUUCUACAGGAGCUAUACGGGCGACUCGAGUUAUUAAAACGAAACGUCUACCAAUAUCACUCUGAUUGAAAUUCGCGAACAGCCCGCUAAUGUUGAGAUCGCGUGAAUUCGAUUCAUUACUUUUCCAGAUGAAUGUGAAAGUAUCGCUGGCAUGUUGUUUUCUUUCAAAGUCAUAGAGCACCAUGCUAAUUUCGCAAUUCUGUUUCAUCUGUAACUCUAUGCUCUGAACCCGUAACAAUACACAGAAUGCUUUGGGGGUUUUCUCAUUUGCAUCAACCUAAAAACGAAGAAGACUACGACGACAGACGAUAUUAUGCUGAAGCAUCUUCCUUCACCACUAAAUGUUACACAGCACAUUACCACUAACCUGAGAGGAAUCUACUGCAACACGCUUUUGAGCAUUCUGAUGUUCCGCAUACGUUUGUAGGAAAGAAAUUGAAUCCGGAUCGAAUGCUAAGCCAUGUUCGUUCCGUAUUGUAACAUUUAGGCUCAGCAACAUAUUUCCGCGGUCGAUCUUCUUUGCAAGCUGGAUUCGCAGACAAUUCAGUUCUUCCGAUGGGACGCCACCUGAUAGAAUCUUUUGUCUGACGGAGAGCAUAUAGUCUAUAAAAUCGAGGACUUCGUGAAAAUAAUGCAUCUCCGAAUGUUUGACGUAGAUUUCCUGAAGACGUAAUGAAGACAUACCAGUCCCAAGUAUCCCGUGUGGGCUCUAAGAGGUUAAUUAGUAAAUGAAAGCUUGA